AGCGAAGCAACUAGAGACAAGUUACUAUCAAGAGCUCCAAUUAUGUUGUGAGAGAAGAACACCCUCUGUUCCUUCUGAGAUGGUUACGAGGAACCAGCCUCGACACCCAACCAAGCUUUUUUGUCCGUCUUAAUCAAAGGGACUCGGCUCCAUGAUCCUCUUCCUGAACUGAAGGAAUCAUCUGCUACUUCUGACAGCUGAACCGAUUCAGUUGGAAAUAAAAAGGCCCAUUUGUCUUGCUCCUAUUGAGGGAGCAAAGCAAUAAGGCCUUUCGGUACUGGCGCCCAUGAAUAGAUUCCGACUACUGGCAGCAAGCUCCCGGAAUGCGAGUCCGUCGAGUCACAUCCAGAGUCGCCACUACUGUCAUACUCACUCUUACGCUUCAUAUUUCCAUGUUAAAUUCCACCGGAAAAGUGUAGUGCAACAGCAAUGUCGCUGUUUCAGUCUCCCGAGCAUAUUAGUCCCACCAGCGAUGUUCUUGGGUCUAGGUAUCACCCUCUGGAUACAGAAAUGUCUUGCGAUGAUCAUAUUUCAGAACAAGAUCAUUUAUAUGCCAAGCAUCCCGCCUCUUGCACGAUGGGAGACGAUCGAAGAUUAUGCGCCAGAAUGUCGCCCCAUUCAGUGGCGGGAGGAAUCUAUCAAGUCUGAAGAUGGAGUGAAGAUUUCGUUAAUCGUUGGCGAUGCAGAAGGAGAGCAGGUCAAAGCCAAUGUGGCCAGUGAUGAUGAAGUCCACCUGGUCAUAUUGUAUUUCCAAGGCAAUGCGUCGUCGCUUCCACCACGGUUGCCAUUUCUCUCAAGUAUUAUCAAGAAAACUAAGAAAGUGCACCAGAUAUCUUUUGUUGCGCUCUCCUACCGAGGAUACUGGCACUCCCAGGGAAAGCCUUCGCAGAAAGGCAUUGAACGCGAUGCAAGAGCUGCAAUGCAGUGGGUGCUGCGGCAGUAUUCCCAAGUACCUAACGUUCGCAUUUCCUUCUGGGGUCAGAGCGUCGGUGCAGGCGCUGCAACAGGACUUGCUGCGGAGUAUCUUGAGAAGGGCGACUCUGAGCAUCCACCACUUGUAUGUUUGGUUCUCGAGACUCCCUUUACCAAUAUGCGUGAUCUUCUCCGGGAUUUUUAUCCUCAAAAGUGGCUACCGUACCACUACCUAAGUCCGUUCCUUCGCAACCACUGGGACAGUGAACAGGCUCUACGGCGCAUUGCUCGUGCUCCAGGUCUGCAGAAACCCAAUAUCUUGAUUGCCCAGGCGGAACAGGAUGAGAUUGUUCCACGACAGCAAAGUGAGAGACUGGAAACAUUCUGCAGGUCACUCGAUAUCACCGUGAACCGACAUAUUGUUCCAAAAGCACUGCAUAAUGAUGUGAUGGUAAAGGCCGACGGCCAAAAAGCAAUUGCGGAUUUCCUAUCGCAGCAUAUUUGAGAUCCUUGCUGAAUCUUGUUGCUGAAGUUUCGAGCUGCAUCUUCUACCAACACCAUUUCCUCCAUGCUAUCCUCCAGGAAGCAUCACACAAAUCUAGC